AUGUUGCUAUGGAGACAACAAGAGCAUAGGGCUGCAUACAUUUCUUCUCGGGACACGGAAGGGAGCAUUGUGUCGUCUUACUGUCACUUCAUGCCUGAACCUCAUCCAAGUAUUGUGCCUAUAAUACAAGAAGCAAGGUUUAGCGGUGUGGCUAAAUUGCGACAUCUAAAAUUUGACCAUAGUUUAGUGACUGCUUUGGUAGAAAGGUGGAGGCCUGAAACACACACAUUUCAUUUUCCAACUGGAGAAUGCACCAUAACCUUGCAAGAUGUCUCACUUCAAUUGGGGCUUCCUGUCGAUGGACCCCCUAUCAUUGGUCCAACUAUGUUGGAUUGGGACGAGAUGUGUGAAACCUUAUUAGGUAUAAUACCGGUUAAUGGAGAAUCGAUUGUCGGUUCUAUGAUCAAACUAAAAUGGUUAGGGGAUAAUUUGUUUCCUAUAGAUGAAAAUUCCAGUAUUGAGGUCAUUCAUGCACAUGCUAGAGCUUAUAUAUUAGGACUUAUUGGAGGGGUUUUAAUGCCCGAUAAGACCAGGAAUAAAAUACAUUUAAUAUGCCCUUUAUUGCACCAAUUUCAAGAGUUCCACCAACUUUCCCCGCUAGUUUGCCAAUGGAGCGGCGGUCGAGUACUGAACUAUAGAAAUGUCCCCCACAAUGAUUUAGUUGGAUACCGGGCAAGGAUAGAUCACAUGCAACAAAAUCAGUUUAUUUGGGUUCCUUAUGAGGGUUUUGGCUCUAUUAUUGAUGUUGAAGCAUAUCGGGACCAAGCAAUAUGGACGUCAUGCACAACUUUAAUUUGUUUUGCCAUUGUGGAGUGGCACCAGUCAGACAUGGUGAAGUUACAAUUUCGGCUAUCACAAGAGAUCCAUGAAGAACCCAACAACCUUGAUCAUCUACAUAAAUUAGACAUGAGGGUAAGACAAGAUAAGAACUGA